UCCUGAGACGCAAGCCGAGAGCUGAGGCCCUCGAGACCGUUGGGAAGUUGGAAGGAGAGAGCCCCCUUUGGUCCAGACGCCGGCACAGAGGGAAGGCGGACAGUGGCCCCGGGCGCGCGUGGGCGUAGGCCCGCGUCCAGGACAUGCAGACAGGGUUUUCUGCUCUGUUUCCCGCUCACUACCAUCCCUUUGCGCACGCCGCCCCGCAAACCUGGCGCGAACUUAGCCGCACUCUCCCCCGCCGGAACAACAGCCUGCCCGCUGCCCGUGGCGGCAGGUGCGAAGAGUAGAGAGCACUGAGCAUUUGAAGUUUCCGUCAGACCCCAGCCUUAACCACCGACGGCUGCCCUUCUCUUGUGGUUCCCGCCAUCUCCCCACUAGAACUCCCUUGAGAAUACCCGGAAUUCCUCCAAGAGCAACAUCUGCCUUCUGCUGUGCACCACUGUGUCUGGUCCACAUGCGUUCUGCUCACUAAGAACCCUCAUCAUUCAGGAAGAGCAUCCGCUCGUUUUGCAUUCCUGAGCUGCAUCUCACAUAGACAUUUUGUCUUUUCACAGAGCCCUCAGAGCCCCUGCCGGAGGGGCCCAAGCUUGAGGGGAUGGCCUUCCACCACUGCCACAAGAACCGCGUGUCUCAGUCAGGCCUCUCUCCAGAGAGGGCGCAGGCCCGGAGGCAGCUGUAUGCUGCCUGCGUCGUGUGCUUCAUCUUCAUGGCUGGGGAGGUGGUUGGUGGGUAUUUAGCACACAGCUUGGCCAUCAUGACCGACGCCGCCCACUUGCUGGCAGACAUAGGCAGUAUGAUGGCCAGCCUCUUUUCCCUCUGGCUCUCUACUCGGCCAGCCACCCGCACCAUGACCUUUGGCUGGCACCGCUCAGAGACUCUGGGAGCUUUGGCCUCCGUGGUCUCCCUCUGGAUAGUCACCGGCAUCCUCCUGUACCUGGCCUUCCUCCGCCUGCUUCACAGUGACUACCACAUUGAGGCGGGCGCCAUGCUGCUGACUGCCAGCAUUGCUGUCUGUGCCAACAUGAUAAUGGCCUUUGUGCUGCACCAGACUGGAGCCCCCCACAGCCACGGACCUAGGGGUGCAGAGUAUGCACCACUGGAGGAGGGGCACGGGCACCCACUGUCCCUGGGAAACACCAGUGUCCGGGCUGCCUUUGUGCAUGUGCUGGGAGAUCUCCUUCAGAGCCUCGGGGUCCUGGCCGCCUCUAUCCUCAUCUACUUCAAGCCCCAGUACAAGGUGGCCGACCCCAUCAGCACCUUCCUCUUCUCUAUCUGCGCCCUUGGGUCCACAGCUCCUACACUUCGAGAUGUUCUCCUCGUCCUCAUGGAAGGUGCCCCUCGGAGUGUGGAAUUUGAGCCUGUAAGGGACACCUUGUUGUCAGUGCCGGGUGUCCGAGCCACCCAUGAUCUCCACCUGUGGGCGCUGACGCUUACUUACCACGUUGCCUCCGCACACCUGGCUAUUGACUCCACGGCUGACCCUGAAGCCAUCCUGGCUGAAGCCUCAUCCCGGCUCUAUUCCCGGUUUGGAUUCUCUAGCUGCACCCUGCAGGUGGAGAAAUACCGGUCUGAGAUGGCCCACUGUCUUCGCUGCCGGGAGCCCCCCAAAGCCUGAGCCUCAGCCCCACCCUCGCCCCACUGCCAGGACUAGGCUUGUGCCUGGACCCUCAGCACCUGCCUCCCAGAUCACAGAAGAGACCUUUCUCUCUCCAUCUUCCACCUGCCAAAUGCCCUCACCCCUGCCCCGGUGGUCAAGACCAAAGUGUAUAUGAAGGCAGUGGGGGGAGGGGAGGAUCGGAUUGAAUAGCUGUAAGCGAUUCAGGGGUGUGGGGCGUGUGGAAGCCCCCUGCCAUCCGUGCUCCACAUGGAGAGAGUCAUGCUUGUCCUCUACGAUUCCUGUGUCCCUGUGGCAGGCUGGCUGGCUAGCUGGGGACAUCUGCCUGUCUGUGUGCUGUUCGUGUGCCUAUGCCUGGGGAGGUCAGCAGGGGCCCCCUCCCCACGUGAUCCUUGCUCUUGUCUAUGCAGGGGCCCCAAAGCCUGCACUUUGUUUGUGUGCCCUAGUCUUGUGGUUUUGUGUGUUGUAUAUUUGCGUCCUUUGGUGCUGUGGCCUGUGUGUCCCUGUGCCUGUGUGGCUGUGCUGGUCGUUGUGAGUCUGCUCCACUUGUGUGUCCAUAUGGGAUCUGUCUGUCCAUCCCUGUGUUGGUGCUGUGUCCUCAGCUUUUCCCAAGGGAGAGGGGGGACUCCACUGCAGCUCCACCAAUAAACUUGGAUCUCACUGUA